AUGGUUGAGCCUAAGAUAUUAGUAUUCGGUUCUAUUAAUAUCGAUGAAUUUUUCGAUGUUCCACACAUUGUCUUUAGUGGUGAGACUAUAACAAGUGCCAAGUAUACGCAAAAAGCUGGUGGAAAAGGCGCUAAUCAAUCAGUAGCUAUAGCAAAAGCAGGUGCAAGGGUAUGGCAUGUUGGAAAAAUUGGUCAUGACGGAAUUUGGAUUAAACAAUACAUGGAAAAUCAAUUAGUGAAUGUGGAUCAUAUAAUUAUAUCUAAAGAACAGCCAACUGGACGAGCCAUCAUUCAACUUUCCCAAGAAACACGAGAUAAUGCUAUAAUUCUGCUACCAGGAACGAAUUAUUUGCUGAACGAAAUUGAAGCACAAGAAGUUUUAGCCCAAGGCUUUGGAAAAGGUGAUUGGUCAGUUUUUCAAAAUGAAAUAGGACUUAUUGGUGGUAAGAUAUUGAAACUUUGCAAAAAUCUUGGACUGACGACUGUUUUAAAUGCAGCACCAAUUUCAGAAAAUAUUACAAAAACAUUUUCAUUUGAUCUAGUAGAUUAUUUAAUUGUCAACAAACUAGAAGCAACUCAAUUAUAUCGACAAAUUUUUACUAUUAAUGUCACUAGUGAAUUGUCAUCGUCAGAAUUACUGGAUGCACUUUCAAAUGCAUUUCCACAAUUAAUUGGAAUUAUUAUUACUCUUGGAAGUGAUGGAUUAGUAGCUUGGUUUGGCCCAGAAAAACGAGUCUAUACUUUACCUGCAUUUAAAACAACAUUGUGUGAUACCACUGGAGCUGGUGAUGCAUUUACUGGCUAUUUUGUUGCUAGCCUUGCUAGAAAUCAAUUGAAAAAUGAAAAAAAUAGUGGACUUAUAUCAGUUGAUACUGAAUCAUCUAUUUUACUAACGGCUGAGCAAUUUUUGAAUUCAUUGAAAGAAGCAAUUGUGGCUGCUGGAUUAGCUGUUAGCAAGCAUGAUUAUCCAUACAAACCUCAUAUUUUAAAAAUCCCAUCACAGUUUGAUUUAUCCUUGCCAUGUCCGCCCAAGUUUUUGGAAAAAAAAAUCUUAUGA